UGGUUCCAUUUUUUCCACCAGUUAAACGCCCCUUGUAGUAUAACAGUUUGUCGGCGGCAGUCAAUAUUGUUUUCUCAUCGUUUGCACGAAAUUAAAGAAAGAAGCAGGAACAAGCUCGCGAAAAAAGCACUAAAAGUGACUGAUAGUGCUCAGAUAUGAAUGCACCACCGACUUUUGAGUCAUUCCUUCUAUACGAAGGGGAGAAAAAGAUCAUCAAGGAGUUAGACACAAAGGUCACCAAUGCGGCGAUAUUCACUGUCAACAAAGAAGAUCACACGCUCGGGAACAUGAUCAGGAACCAACUGCUGAAGGAUCCCAAUGUCCUGUUUGCCGGGUACAAGGUUCCGCAUCCCCUGGAGCAUAAAUUCGUCAUCCGGAUCCAGACAACGGCAGAGUAUUCACCGCACGAAGCAUUCACGAAUGCCAUCACAGACUUGAUGUCUGAGUUGUCGCUCUUUGAGGAAAGAUUCAAGGAUGCUAUCAAGGAUAAAAAAGACGGAGGCGAUUAGAAUGUAUGAAAUUUGACUAUAAAUUUAAUAUCUCACAAACGGAACACAGAAUUCUCAACAAAACAAAUAUUUGAGC